UCCUCAAGAAUUUCUUAAUUUGUCUUCCGAAGAAAAUGAAACAGCAAACAAUGAUCUGUCGGAAAAUUCUGAAAAUAAAUGGAAAAAGAAAUUGAGUGAAAAAUUGUUGAGAUUUAUAUUUAAAGAAAUGGAAAAAAUAAAGGGAGGUAGAGAUAGAAAAGAAGGAAAGGAAGAUCUUGAAGGGAAGAUUAAGACAACGGAUAUUAUUGAAGUAUUAAAUGAAGAAUUUAAAUGGUUAAAUUUGGGGUUUAAACGCAAAAUAAAAGAAAAGUUCCAGAAGAAAGGAAAGGUUGAAAAUAAUAGAAAGUUUGUUGCUGAACAUUUUAAAAUCUUGAAAAAAGAGUUGACAGAUAUUGACAGAGGUAUUGGAAAUUGUAAAGUUUUAAGAGAUUCAAUACUACAAGUGUUACGUUAUAAUGAUGAAAGUGACACUAUACAUCAGGAAUUCCGAGGAAGGUCUGUCUUUUAA